AUGAAGUCCUCCAUGAUCUUUCUCCUUGCUACCGGCCUGGUGUCGGGUCUGAGCAUCCCCAAGCAGCUGGACACCCGCCAGGCCAUUGCCCAGGCCCUGCCUGCCGCUGCCGCUAACACCCCUCCCUCUGCACCUGCGCCUGCCGCUGCUGCCACUACCCCGGCCGAGGCUCCGGCUGCUGCAGCUCCCGCUGCGAGUGGUGACGCCGCUGCCGAGGCGGAGAAGAAGAAGGCCGAAGAGGAGGCUGCCAAGGCUGGCGAGGGUGCCGCUGCCGAUCAGGACGACGCCGCGAAGCAGCAGGAGGAUGCUGCUAAGCAGGCCGCGGAUGACGCGGCAAAGAAGGCACAGGAGGAUGCUGCCAAGAAGGCUGAGGAGGACGCAGCAAAGAAGGCACAGGAGGACGCAGCAAAGAAGGCACAGGAGGACGCAGCAAAGAAGGCCCAGGAGGAUGCUGCCAAGCAGGCCGAGAAGGCCAUGCAGGAUUACCAGAAGAAGCAGCAGGACAAGAACAAGGGCAACAACAACAACAAGAACAACAAGAACAACAACAACAACAACGAUGCCGCUCUGCUCCAGAACAUCCAGCUCCUCCUCGCCGUGAUGGGUCUCCAGAACGUUGUCAACGUCCAGGGUCUUGCUCAACUCCAGGCACAGCAGCAGCUUGUCAUGCUUGCUCAGCUCCAGCAACUUGCUCAGCUCCAGGCGCUCGGAUUGGUCAACUCUGUCCAGCUUGUCGGACUCAUGCAGCAGGGCCUCGUGCUCGGCGGCGUCGGCGGCAUUGGCGGCGUCAAUGUUGUCAGUGUUCAGUGA